AUGAAAAGAAGUCUGCCUCCCUGUAUUCGCGGUGACGUCUUGAAACAAAAUCCGUGGCGGACGAAGUUCCAACUGCAGGCUAGACAAUACCAGGUACCAGCCCAACGCUCUUAAAAGCAGCUGAGGGUUUUUUAUUCUGUGUUGAGUUGCAAAGGAAAAAAGAAAUAAAAGUGGGCUAGCCAGGCUUGUGCAAGGCCUGGAUUUUCAACCUAACGGCCUCCGUUCAUUCCCAUAACUUUUGAUGUACUUUAAUGAAACAAGUGAGAAGUGUUUUUCUGGUGAAAAAUUCUAGUUAAGAUGGCAAUGUUUUUGAAGAUGUUUUACAAUUUUUAUCGAAGCCUGGCUUGGUCCGAGCCGGCGCAAGCUUCAUUGCUUUGGGCUUAAAUUGCUUGGACCUCUGUAGCGCAAAUGUGACUCGUCCCGGACUUUUCUUGGGAUUUCUAGUAAACUUUGAGAGGGUUGAUGCCGUCCAAUGAGUUAUUAGAAAUGCUCAGAAACGUCCGGGGCGCGUACGGUUUGGGUUAUCGAGAUCGGGGCUGGACUUGUUUCUGAGAAGAAUCUCGCGCUGGCUUGGGCCAGGCCAAGCUUCAAAAAAGUUUCAAAUUUCAUUUCGAAAAACUUUCUUCCAAACUCCAAUUUCUCACCGAAAAACGCUCAUUUUUAAAAAUUCGUAGUUUCUGUUGAACUUUAACUGUAAAAAAAAAACAAGAAACAUGAUUUUUGCUAUAAAAAGAAGGUUGAUGUUCGACUUGAAGAAAACCUUAGCUUUUCGAGCCUGUUUUGCUUGAGGCUUCGCUAAGCCCAGACCGGGCUCAAAGAAUGACUUAGACCAUUAGGCUGAAGAGCCGGUCCUCGCAGAAGCCUGUCUCGGCCUUCGGUAACGAAAACCGAACGCGCUCCGGACUUUUAUGAGCAUUUCAAGGGACGCCAUUAAAGUGGUCACUAGAAAUGCGUCCAGUUUGCGUUACAGCCGAUUCACGGCUAGCUUGGGACGCAAAAAGGAGUGGCAAGUCUGUGAUCUCCAGCAACCAGCAACUGUCUCUUUUCUCAUCGUGGCAGGACCCAUUUUUCGAUGGCCCAAGCCAGCCGUGAAUUAG